AGUAUACAGUAAGUAUAUAGGCUACAAAGGCUAUAAAAGACAAGCAUACUAUACAUUAUGUAAUUAUUGCAUUACUUGUGGGCAAAAUGACAAUAACAUAUUUAUUUAUAAUAACCGUCGUGGUAAUUAUAGGAGAGUUCUCAAUAACAGAGAGUUUGAUUGAAAAAAAACGGGUCUUUAAUCACUUCAUAAUAGACGGUGAAAACGCUGGAAGCAAAGAUGCCCCCUUUCUCGUUUCUCUAAGUAUGUCAAACAUAAGCUACGCGCACGUUUGUAGCGGUACUAUUAUACAUAAGGAGUGGAUUUUGACAGCUGCUCAUUGCGUCAAUGAUUUGGAAAAAAUGGCCGGUAAUGUAAUAGGCCUUCCAGUUUAUGCUGGUUUAAGCAAUCGAACCAAACUGGAAGAUGCUCAAAUUAGGACAGUGGAUUUCGCUUAUAAUCAUAAAGAGUUUAACGGAAACGAGAACACUGAUAAUAUCGCCCUGCUUCACAUAAUGCCUGCCUUCGAGUUUAAUGGUACGGUUAAACAAAUAUUGUUACCUUAUCGGGGAGAGGCGUUCGAUAAUAAGAAAUCCGUCACAUAUAGUUGGGGCUUAUUAAAUCCUGAAGACACUGUUUAUGUGAAGGACUUGCAACGUAGCGAGUCUUACAUUUUGUCUGAAAAAGAAUGCAAAGCUGCCCUGCCUUCUAAUGCACCGCUUACCAGUAAGCAUGUUUGUGCUCAUGUUUUCGCAUGUUACGGUGAUGGAGGCGCCCCAAUAGUAAUCGAGGGUAUGGAUGGAAUUACUGAACUAAUUGGUCUUGCAUCAUGGGGAUAUUUGCCAUGCGCAUAUAAAAACUAUCCAACAGUUUAUACCGCAGUUUCUCAAUAUAUCGGUUGGAUAGCUGACGUCCAAUCCGCAUAUUACACACUGCACUAAGUACAUUUUUAGUCCUAAGCAAAAAAAAAAAAAAA